UCAUCGAGGUGACUCGCUCAACUUUCACUAUCUUUUCCUAUCAUUUACUUCUUUCUUGGAUCUUCCAAGACCUUUCAACUUCCAAAUGACUACAAGUACCAACCAACCCCCAUUAUUUCCAAAUCAAACACUUCAUAGAUUCUUACCUUUCCUUUUCUGCAUCGCCUUCUUCAUUUUGUUCAUUGUACUAUACAAAUAAACAAUGCAAUUCAAAGCCAUAACUCCAUUUUCCCCCCUAAUUCUAAUCAAACCCACCAUUAUUACUGUUAAUCCUACCUCUAACCACUUCCCCUCCUCGCAUUUCCGCCCAAAACCCUGUCAAAUUCCACUAAAGUUACCGACUUUCACUCAUAAAAUUCUACACAUUUCCCAAAAACUUCACUGUAUCACCCCUGCUCAUGUUCCAGAAUCUGAAAUCAGGGAUGAUGAUGAUGAAGAAGAAAACCCUGAAUUGGUGGACCCCAUAAGUGGGAAUUCCACCAAUCAAAGCUCAAGCCUAUGGGAUCAAAUGAUUGAGAUUAUCAAGUUUUCUGGGCCUGCUACUGGCCUUUGGAUUUGUGGACCUUUGAUGAGUCUCAUUGAUACUGCUGUUAUUGGGCAAGGCAGCUCCAUUGAACUUGCUGCUUUAGGUCCUGGAACUGUUCUCUGUGAUUAUAUGAGUUAUGUGUUUAUGUUUCUUUCAAUUGCCACUUCCAAUAUGGUUGCCACUUCACUUGCUAGACAGGAUGAGAAGCAAGUGCAACACCAGAUAUCAAUCUUGUUGUUUGUGGGUUUAGUUUGUGGAGUGUCAAUGCUUGGAUUUACGAAAUUGUUUGGUUCAUGGGCUUUAACUGGUUUUGCUGGAACUAAGAAUGUGCACAUUGUGCCUGCUGCAAAUACUUAUGUUCAGAUUCGAGCUUUAGCGUGGCCUGCUAUUCUUGUGGGAUGGGUUGCUCAGAGUGCAAGUCUGGGCAUGAAAGAUUCAAUGGGACCUUUGAAGGCCUUGGUAGUUGCGAGUGUUAUAAAUGGCGUUGGUGAUAUAGUACUCUGCAUGUUCCUGGGCUACGGGAUUGCUGGUGCAGCAUGGGCAACUGCAAUAUCACAAAUUGUUGCAGCCUACACAAUGAUUGAUGCUUUAAAUAAAAAAGGAUACAAUGGGUAUUCCAUUGCAGCUCCUUCACUAUCUGAACUUCAAGAAAUAUUCGCAAUUGCUGCCCCGAUAUUUAUAACUAUAGUUUCAAAGGUGUCCUUUUACUCUCUGAUAGUCUAUUGCGCUACUUCCAUGGGAACACAAACAAUCGCUGCUCAUCAGGUCUUGUCUCAAAUAUUCCACAUGUGUGCAGUAUGGGGUGAACCCCUUUCCCAGACUGCACAGUCAUUUAUGCCAGAGCUGCUGUAUGGAGUAGACCGAAGCUUAGUAAAGGCUCGAGAUCUGCUGAAGUCUCUUUUGAUUAUAGGGACUUCUGUGGGACUUGUUUUAGGAAUAGUUGCAACAUCCAUUCCUUUCUUGGCUCCCCAAUUCUUUACUCCUGAUCCUGCAGUUAUAGCAGAGAUGCAAAAAGUUUGUGUCCCAUUCUUUCUCUCUUUAUGUGUGACCCCUUGUAUACUCAGCUGUGAAGGAACAUUGCUGGCUGGAAGAGACCUUAAAUUCAUUAGUACGUCAAUGAGCGGAUGUUUUGUCUUGGGGUCCCUUGUAUUGCUGCUUGUGAGAAGUCAAGGAUAUGGUUUAGCAGGCUGUUGGACUGCUCUAGUUGGAUUUCAAUGGGCACGAUUCUUUAUUGCUCUUCAGCGCCUUCUUUCUCCGAGUGGGGUACUGUUUUCAGAGGACCUUCUCCGUUUCAAAUUGGCUGAGCUAAAAGCAGCUUAGAUGUUGAUCCAACCAUUUUCAAGGAACUAAACUUUUAAAAAGUUGAUGGCUUUGAGUGUCUUUAAAACCAAAGCAAAUAUUCAGGUCCUGAAGUCGCGCUCACCAUUAUUCUCUGAAGCCUAAAUGAGGCCGAGGAGAUUGACAACCUUCUUGGUGGCGCGGUGCAAUUAUACAACUAGCUAUAGUAGAUUUCUAUUCUACAAAAGUAGUUGAUGUUAUAUUUCCACAACUUGUUCAGUGCAAGUUUGUUACUCAUUUUUAUGCUUCAUACACUGGCACUCAGUUUCAUGUGUUACUACUAAAUCAGAUUAUUUUUAUUUUAUUGUCGUUCUAUUCGCUUGA